UGGCGUGUGACUUACGAUAUGUCUGAAUGUUUUCAUAAUAGAAACGCUCCAGUACUAUUGUUCUAUGGGGCCGUUUAAAAAUAUAUAGGUAGAGGAAAUGAUUCACACAAAUGCUAGUUUUACGUAAUUUGAAAAAAAAAUAAAAUAAAUAAAUGGCGACACGGAUAGUGAUUUGGUUACCGUCAGGGUCAGAGUGGGGGUUUUGGUUAGGGUUAGUGUCAGUGUUGUGGUCAGGGUUAUGGUUUCUAUGCUGCCUAUGCCGAAAGAAAUGUAUCUGUCCACAUUGUGAAAACGAAUUUCAACUGAAGAACUUUGGACUUUAUCACAAGCGACCGUUAGAUUUUGUAACAUCAACGUUCGGUCCUCAAUGGCUGUAUCCUGUAUGGCUGUCUCUGCAGCUAGUUUUCCAUAUAGUUGCACUGACAUUGGACGGUCUCUCCGCCAGUAAAUACAGCGGCGAACCUAGCGCUAACUAUUUCAUGUACAUCCACAACUGGUGUUACCUCCUCUUGGUCCUCAGCAACGUCAUCGACCUCGUCGUGAAUCUCUAUGUCCAUAUCUGCGCUAGGCACAUUCUACAAGAAAGGGAAAGUGAAACAGGAGGAGCCGAAAUAGUCAUGCGGAACAGGACAGCAAAAAUCAGCUUUAAAACAAUGGGCGAGUACUACACGGUGCGCUGGUACAUGAAGGUGACCUGGGUGUUCUUCACUAUCUCCACUGUAUCCGGACUUACCAUCACCAUUCUCUACCUACUCAGUUUCUACUUCAUUCGCGCGUUCGGAGACUCGUAUGAUAUACUUGGGACCGGAGUCUCUGAAACACAAUGGGAGUUCGGAACGAUAGCCUUUAUGCUAAUUAACGGUGCCAUUGUUGUGCUCCAUUUGUUUAUCUCGGCGAAACCCUUCAAGCUGCUUCACUUCUACAUGCCCUGGGCCGUCUACUUCGUCUACGUCCUGUUCUCCGUGGUCUACCAGAAGCGUUGGGGCGACUUUGUCUAUCGCGUGUUAGACUGGAACCAGAUCUACAGAACAUUCGGCAUCAGCGCCAUUGUCUUGGUCGUUCUCCUGCCGCUCGUUCACCUUCUCGUUUACGCGAUCAUCACCUUGAGGGUCAGGAUUGGCGAGUGGUGCCUUAUCAAGUGCGCAUAUCGACGGUGGAGGAACAAGAAGAAGGUGCGUCCAUCGAGCACACAGCUGGAUGUGGUGCGAGAGCCGAAAAGUAGGAAGCACAAGAAACGAAUAAGAGAAAAUCGAAUCGAGAGUAGUAAUAUUGAUGAAACUGUUCAUGAAGAUAUUGACUAUACAAAGUCAUUUGAUCAAACUGGAAGUCGAUCUGGUGGAACAAGCAUUGGUGAUUCGACAAACAACGCGGAAUAUCAAGGACAUACGGAUCACAGAGAUAGACGUACAGUGUCCGCGUCCCACAUGAGCAUGGCGUCGAGGAGUUACGAUAACCUAAUGGCGUCCCCGAGGGAUCAAACCUUGGCCGACUCACAAACAGAAGUUUCUGUGGUUUAAAACGUUUGAGACUGGACAGCAGAAAAUAUAUAAACUACUUUUUGUUUAUUGUAAUUAUUUCAGCAGUUCAACAUAUUUUAAACGUCAUUAGAUAUAUUUUAAUAAUAUUAAUUUAUUAAAUUAUCAAAGCGUUUGAUGUAAAUAUUAGUUUUUACAACACUACUUUAUUUUCACAGUUGCACUUGUUUUAUUAAACACUCGUGUUGUCUUCUUGCCCGUUUGUGUAUGUAUAAUGACCAGCUUAGUGCAUGCUGGUGCAUGUUAUUAGUUAUAUGAGUCUUUAUGUUCGUAUUUCAUCAUUUGAUAGUUCUUCAAUGAAACCUUAUACAUUCUUUCCUUAUGUUUCAUGCCUAUUUUGGCGAAAAGUUUUAUGCAUGAAUCUUGUUUUAUCCAAUUAAAGGUGGCAUCAA